AGUUGAAGAUUUGAGUGACAUCAGUUAAGAAAUGGAGUCAAAAGUGAUUGUGUCAAUUGUGGUGCUGUUCUUAAGUUUUGGUGCUUCUUAUUGUCAAAGUGUGGACUGCAGAUACUACAUAUCAACUUACGGCUAUACAUGCGAUUUAACUAUAAAUAACACAAAUAGUUGGAAUAAUUUUACAACCAUAGAAGGAACACACAUGAUUAACAGAACAGAUGUCGAUAUUAGAAAAAUUAUUGGAGUAUCUGGAUCAACAAAAAAUAUCCCUUCAAUAAUAUGUGAAAAAUUUCCAUUAACAACUGGAAUUCAGCUUCCAUCUAGAUCAAUUCAGACCGUCAACGAUUAUUCAUUUAAAAAUUGUACGAGGCUUACUAUUUUGAAUCUAUAUAGCAACAGCAUCAACUCAAUUCAUGAGGAAGCAUUUACUUACAAUACAGAGCUGCUGAUACUUCAUUUGUAUUCAAAUCAGCUAACGACUCUGCCAGAUAAAGUGUUCUCAAGCCUUCAAAAGUUGACAACUCUGCGAUUGGAUUCCAAUAGGUUUGCGACUCUCCCUUCAACUGUUUCAUGGUUUUCAAAUCUUACAAGCCUAACAAUUUUAUAUCUAAGCUCAAAUCAAAUCCAGGUGCUGCCAAUAAAUACAUUCCAGUCACUAGGAAGACUACAGUCAUUGUAUAUCGCAUCUAACAGAAUCACAAACUUAACAGUCGGUGUAUUUGAACCAUUAACUAGCUUGACUGCUUUGUCAUUAAGUUCAAAUCAGAUGGCUGAACUUCCGUUGGGAAUCUUCGAUCCAUUGGUCAAUUUAGAAACAUUAGAUUUAAGUUCAAAUCGGUUUCAAUAUCUUACACCGAACAUGUUCAGUCCUUUGCAAAGAUUAUUAUCAUUGAAUUUAAAUUACAAUAGCUUACAUAAUCUUACUAUUGGCGCAUUUGAUUCUCUACGAAGUUUGACUACAUUAUCUUUGGGUUCUAAUCUGCUCACAUUGAUUCCUGAGAACAUUUUCCAACCACUGAUCAAUCUUCAAAGUUUAAACUUAGAAUCAAAUAUGAUUGAAUAUUUGCCUGACAAUGUAUUUGCUCCUAUUAGAACAUUGACAUCAUUGGAUCUGUCAUAUAAUAAACUUUCAGAUCUGUCAAUUGAAUUGUUCUAUCCUUUAUUAAGCCUUCAAUCUUUAGAAUUGAAUUCAAAUAAUAUAACUGAGUUGCCAUUUGACUUUUUUGAAUCGUUAACGGCUUUGACUAGCCUUAACUUGGGAUCAAAUCAAAUUCAGGAGUUACCAGCUAAUAUUUUUACUACUUUAGUCAGCCUUCAGAUUUUGCAGCUUUAUUCAAAUAGAUUCGCUACGUUGACUCCUGGAAUUUUUGACUCACUGACCAGGUUGACUGGAUUAUACUUAUGCUCCAAUCAAAUCACUGAACUUCCUCCAAACAUCUUCGAUUCUUUAAGAAAUUUGCAUGUGUUAUCAUUACAUGGCAACCAGCUUGACCAUCUACCUCCAUAUAUUUUCAACAACACCAUAAGUUUGACUAAUUUACAGUUGUAUUCAAACAAAAUAAGAAACUUAACGCCUAGAGUCUUUGAGAACCUGACAAGAUUAUAUUAUCUAUACUUACACUCAAAUCAACUUCAAAGCCUUCCAUCAGGAAUUUUCAAUGGAUUAACUGGAUUGAGAUACAUGCAUUUGUAUAGUAAUCAGAUAUCACAGCUCCCAGAUGACAUUUUCAGCAACUUAGUUAACUUAUAUGAGUUGCAAAUUCAGUCAAACAACUUGACCAGCCUGCCUAUAGAAUGGUUUGAAAACCUAAGAAGUUUGGAGUUCCUUUAUGCAUAUUCAAAUCAAAUUGAGGAACUUCCAAUCGAUGUCUUUAGCUCUUUAUUCAGAUUGAGGUAUAUCUCGAUGUACAACAACAGAAUUAAGAUUCUUCAUGCUGGGUCAUUCGGAGUUUUAUCAAAUUUCACUCGGGCUAACUUCUUCAACAACCAAAUUGACGCUAUUGAUGAAGGUAUCAUCGAUAACACACCAAUAUCAAGACUGGAUGUGAGGAACAAUACGUGUGUAAAUAGUAAUAUUUUAGAUACUACUGGAACUAGGGAGUCAAUGAGGACAAUUUUAGCGCAAUGUUUUGAGAAUUUUGUGAUUUUGAUACCGGAAACCUCACCACUUCCCCCAACCACAACAGCUAUAACCACAGUGCCUUAUCAGACAACAACAGAAAGCCUACCUCCUGGAUGUGUUGCAGGAAGUAUAAAUACACGAAUUUGCAGUGUUGAGGAUGAAGUUGAAGUCCUUAAAGAACAGAACGAAGAAUUACUGACGAAAGUUCAAGAACUGGAAAGAAGACUUGAGAGUUCAACGAGCAAUGUUGGGAUUAUACUUGAUGAGUUGCAGUAUCAAAUGAGGGAGUUGAAAGGCUGUUGUGCGUGUUAAAACAAAGGAGUUAAAUUUUUUUAAAAUUUGUCAUUUUUAUUUUAUUUAUUAAAUGUGCAACUAUUUCGAGCAAAAUUAAAAUAUAAUAAAAUAAAAUAUUUAAUGAUUUUGGUGCUUAUUUAUAGCAUGGAUAAUUUUUAAUUGUCUUUUUUUCAAAGCUUUCAAUUCUUUUAGAAUUUUUUUAACAUUUUUAUUUCAUCAAAUUCUUUAAAAAUUGUCAUUUCAUUUAAUAUUGAGACUUUACAAUGAGCUGAAUUGUUAAAAAAAAGUUGAAUAUUUGAGAUGAAUUUGAAGGUUAUUGUAGCUUUGGCCACACGGAAGUUCAAAGUUCAUCACAAAAUUUCACUAAUAUCAAAAUUGAUUUUUAAAAAUUCUAUCCUUUCAAUCACAAUAGUAUAUAGCAUUUAGUAUUAUUCAUGGGACGCAUAAUCUCAAACUUUUUGAACCUAACCUCAAAACUUUGGAUCUUAAUCUAAAAAUGUUUGAAGCUAACCUUAAAAUUUUGAAUAAUAACCUCAAACCUUUGAAUUAUAACCUCAAAACUUUGAAUCAUUUCCUCAAAAUUUUGAAUCAUAACCUCAAAAUGUUUGAACCUAACCUCAAAACUUUGGAUUAAAACCUAAAAUGUUGAUUCCUAACCUCAAAACUUGGGAUUAAAACUUCAAAAUGUUUGAAACUAACCUCAAAACUUUGAAUCAUAACCUCAAAACAAUGAUUCAUAACCUCAAAAUUUUGAAUCUAACCUCAAAUCUUUGAAUCAUAACCUGAAAACUUCGAAUCAUAACCUCAAAAUGUUUGAACCUAACCUGAAAAUUUUGAACUUAACCUCAAAUCUUUGAAUCAUAACCUCAAAACUUUGAAUCAUAACCUCAAAAUGUUUAAACCUAACCUCAAAACUUUGGAUUAAAACCUUAAAAUGUUGAUUCUUAACCUCAAAACUUGGGAUUAAAACUUCAAAAUGUUUGAAACUAACCUCAAAACUUUGAAUCAUAACCUCAAAAUUUUUAAUCAUAACUUCAAAAUUUUUGACUCUUGCCUCAAAAUUUAUCAUCGUAACCUAAAUACCUUUCAAUAAAUUAACCUCAAUCUUCAUCAAUCUUAAUUCGUCCUCAACUGAUAAUCCCCAUUCUGUGUGAUGUACCUAACCCACGGCAAUGCCUGAUACCCACUUUUCUCAAUAAUUUUCAAAUACCUCACUUGUAUCCCCGAUGUCGUAAAAUAUGGAAUUUCAAAUUUCACUUGAAUCGGUGGCUUGCCUUCACUAUCCUCACACUCAACCGACGGCAAUCCAAAAUGUGCUCGCAUCAGGAACUCUUUACCACCUGGAAAUGACUUAAUUGUCCAUGUGAUUGCAUUCUGUUCUGGCGUGUACUUGACACUACCAAUUGUCGUCUUAAACUUUGGACUGUCUGCAUCAUUUGGAACUGGAAUGAUUAUUUCAACAUUGUUUGCUGUCGAUCGUCUUUUGAAUUGUGAUUUGGCCUUAAUCAUGUACUCUACACGACUAUGUGCAUGUCUUUCAAUGACAGACUCUAUCCAGAUUAGUGGUUUCAUGUGAGCACUAUUGCGGUAUGUCAUGAGCUCAAACUCUCCAUCGGGUGGAAUGAAGCUUAUUGUUCGGUCAUUUUCGAACCUCGACAGUCGCACACAUUGAUGGAAUUUAACAUCCUCAAGUUCAAUUGACUUUGACUUGCCACGUCCAGUUGACUCGAAGAGGACUUUGUCGUUAAGUCCAAGACGUAGUUCAGGCAUUCCUGAUAAAUAAACACGCAUCUUUAUAGCACCAACAAUUUCACUACGAAGAACAUUUCCAUUGGCAUUUGCGAGGAGAUUAACACUUUCAAUGACGUCAAGGAACACUUCAUUUUUUCGGUACUUGAUGCCUUCAGAUCGCCAUGAGACUGCAUUAGUUACAGCCAUUGGAAUUCGCGGUUGAAUUUCAAGCUUGUGACCUUCUUGUGUGAUGAAUUCUUGUAAGAUUUUACUGUCUGUGGUUUGUGGAUAUCCAAAGUCUAUCAGCUCAUCGAGCAGCUCAUAAAUUAUGACAAAAUUAUCACGAAUUGAUUCCUCUUCAAAUUCCUUAAAAUACUCGGUAAAUACUUGGACGAUUUUAUGGAGCAUUGUGAAUACUAGAGCAAUAUUUGCAUUCUUUUUGGUUGUUGACACGAUGUAGAGAUUAUUGGUUUUGAUGUAGGCGAAGGUGCACUCGUUGGUUUGGAUUAUUGGCGUCACGAGGCCUUCC